CAGGCGGGUCAGGGCUUCGAGCUGCGGCAGCCCCAGGACAAGGUGUCGGUGACAGUGGGGGAGACGCUCAACCUGACCUGCACCAUGUCCGGAGGCGGUCUCCCUGGCGCCGUGAGGUGGCUGAAGGGCCUGGGCAGUGGGAACGAGACCGUCUACGAGCAGAAGGGCUCCUUCCCCCGCGUGACAAGGGUAGUGAGCGAGUCCGACACGGACUUCAGCAUCCACAUCAGGGAUGUUCGCCCCGAGGAUGCCGGCACCUAUUACUGCGUGAAGUUCAAGAAAUCGCU